CCUAGGUCCAGCACACGCCAGACCCUGCUGCAGAACUAGGCUGGACUUGUUCCUUUGCUGAACCCUGAUUCCAAGAUACUAAUAAAGUGUACAAUGUGUUACUUGAGGCUUCCUACUGUUCUCAUUGUGCUGUCUAUGACUCUAAACUGUCUCAGCACCACCCCGGCAAACAGGGAGCAGUCUGAUGUUCGACCGGGCAGAGAGAGCUGGCUGCUGCCUGGCUUCGCAAAAAACUCCUUCAUCAGUCUCACCGCUACAGUGCCAGAGCAGGAGCCCAUCAAGGCAAAGAGAGGUCAUAUGGAAAAGAGGAGGUGCAACACAGCUACCUGCGUGACGCAGCGCUUAGCGGACUUCCUCGUCCGAUCCAGCAACAGCAUCGGCACGGUCUACACGCCGACUAAUGUGGGCUCCAACACGUAUGGAAAGAGGGCUGGACUGGCUCCACUCAGCAGAGAAUCUCUGAAAUAUAUACCGUUUUAGGACACGGCGUAGUCAUGGAAAUCAAUUGUAGUUUUCUGUACAAAACAAAAAGA